AUGGACGACGGAAACAGAGAACGUCAAGAGCACGGGCGUGCUUUUCCGUUUCCUCCUCAAAAUCCGAUGUUAUCAAGACAUUCCGAGGGAUAUGAGGGAAGCGAAGAGGAGCCUGAACGUCCACAACAAGUUAGCCAAGCUGAGCAAAGUAUUCUUCGUGGACGGCUGGGCCACGAUCAUGAGGCGAUACUACACCAGCGACAAGGCCUUAUGCUGUCUCAGGGUCCACCAAUAUCUCCAGAUGCUCAUACUCUGUCACCAAGUUAUUUACAUUCAAGUCAGGGUCUCCCAUCUUUAUCACCAACUCUAGGUCACCAGAAUGAUGUUGGACACACCUCUUUGUUCCCAUUCUUGGAAAAUGUAACAAGUUUACCAGGACUUCAAGUCUCAGAUCACACUGAACCAGGGGAAUCAUCAGGCAAUGAGGGUACUUCUGAUAAAAUUGGGAUGACAUGGCUGGAUGCUGCACAGCAAGUGUUAGAAGAAGCUGGAACACCACUGCAUAUCAAGGAGAUUAAGAGGAUAAUAUUAGCAAGCGGAUUAGUUCAUUCCUCGUCCAAGUCCAGUCUGGAAGCGGUGCUUUAUAGAGAAACACAGAAGGGAAGUAAAAGGUUUAAAAGGAUAGAUGGCAGAUUUGGUGUUUUUGCUUUAUUAGAGAAUGCGGCACUUUGUGAUGAAGUUGCUCGAACACAAGAAAAGUUAGUCAAAGUCAAAGACGAGAGAAAAUUUCUUUUGAAAAGACUUCUUCAGUAUCAAACACCGAGUGAAGUUGCUUCCAUCACUACCUCAACUAGCCAUUCUAUGGUAGACGCAUCACAGGCAUCCAUGUUUAGUGGCCUUGCUGAUUCUACACAAUGUAGUGGGCCCCAGAAUCUGAAUAUAUCAGUUGCAAGUACCAGCAGUGGUGUCAGCAGCUCUAAACAUAAAGAAGGAACAAGUAAAGAGAAGAAGGAGAAAAGUAAACAGAAGAAAGAAGCAGGUAAACCAAUCUUCCCCAUAGUACUUGGCAGUCUGACAGUGUACAGUUUAGGUGAUAUACAGAGUAAAUCUAACUACCAUAAUGAAGACUAUAUCUAUCCCAUAGGAUUCUGUAGCACAAGAAUAUACUGUAGUAUGAAUAAUCCACAACAGAAAUGUCUGUAUACAUGUAAGAUACUGGAUGGUGGUAUCAGCCCAAGAUUUGAAAUUGAUCCAGAAGACAACAUGGAACAUCCUAUCAUUUCUGACAGUGCUACAGUAUGUCAUAGUAAAUUACUGAAGUCAAUCAACUCAAUGCUAGGAAAAGAUUUUGUCAAUCAUUCCCAAGGAUCAGGUCCUGAAUUCUUCGGUUUCUCGCAUCCAACAAUUCAGAACUUAAUUCAAAGUUGUCCCGGUGCACGUAAAUGUACACUUUACAAAUGGAAGAAAUUUGAGCCGUGUAAACCGAGUGAACGUGAUGACAUCAUAGCAAGUAUGGGCGAAAAUGAUCCUGCCUUAGUUUUGAUGCUCUGGUACGAGCUAAGAAUGCUGAUUCGGAUCGGGAAAUGUUUUUACAAAGUCAGAUAUCAGCUCUAGAUGGCCACAGCAGUCUUCGAACUCUGUUGACUACAGGCAUGCCAAGUACAAUGGGGAUAUCUGUGACAUCACCAACAAGUCUCAUGACAUCACCACAAAGACCUAUGGUAUCAACACCAACUUUGAUGGCAUCACCACAAAAUAUGAUGGCAUCACCACAAAAUAUGAUGACAUCACCACAAAAUAUGAUGACAUCACCAUCUGCGAGUCAUCUUUCACCAAGCUUUUCUCAUACCCAAAAUGAUUAAACCAGUUUAUGUAUUUGUUUUAUUUGUAAAUAUGUGUAUGUAAACUGAAAUAAUAGGUUUACAUUAAUACCAUGUUGACUGGGUAUCAGUUUAUGAAUGAUUUCCUUAUCAGUGGGCAUGCUAUGUUGAAUGACUAACAGCUUACCAGUGGAAAUGGGUAUAUCAGGUUAAAUGGGUUGCAGCUUAUCAAUGGUCAUGUCAGGAUGAAUGGGUAACAGCUUACCAGUGGAAAUGGGUAUAUCAGGUUGAAUGGGUAGCAGCUUACCAAUGGUCAUGGCCAUGUCAGAAUGAAUGGGUAACAGCUUACCAGUGGAAAUGGGUAUAUCAGGUUAAAUGGGUUGCAGCUUAUCAAUGGUCAUGUCAGGAUGAAUGGGUAACAGCUUACCAGUGGAAAUGGGUAUAUCAGGUUGAAUGGGUAGCAGCUUACCAAUGGUCAUGGCCAUGUCAGAAUGAAUGGGUAACAGCUUACCAGUGGAAAUGGGUAUAUCAGGUUGAAUGGGUAGCAGCUUACCAAUGGUCAUGGCCAUGUCAGAAUGAAUGGGUAACAGCUUACCAGUGGAAAUGGGUAUAUCAGGAUGAAUGGGUAGCAGCUUACCAGUGGAAACGGGUAUAUCAGGAUGAAUGGGUAACAAUUAUUCAUGGAUAGCUAGACUGGAAAUAUAGCAUUAUGAUUGGCUGAGAUAUUUUUUUUAUUUUUGUAAACCACGAUGGUAAUUUAGCAUAACUGUAGUCACUUUGUACAUACCGGUAAUUGAUAUUUGGUAGAAAAUUAUAGAUUAUAUUUAUACCACAUUUAUGUGAGAACGAAACAGACAAGCAACUUCUAGAUUUUAGUUACAAGCUACAAAUAGCUUUACACCCAUUCAAUGUAGACAUAUUAUGAAACCAAUAUUAUUCUUGGCAUUGCUCUAAGUGGGAUCGUUUGCCACUGAAUACUUGUUGUCACAGAUUUUUUGAAUUAUGUGUGAAAAAAACUAAUGUAUUUUACACACAUUUGUUAUAUGUGUGCUUGUACACAAUC